GGUAGUCAUUCUUCGUACGGGCGCCGUACGAGUCGGAAGUAUUUCUACCAAGUGGGAGCUACUCGUGUGAGAUUUCAUCGUUUGUUUGUUUGCAGUGUUCCCAACUUGUUACAUUUUCCCAAUAGAGUCUCCCAGCACAGGGUGCGGUGAUAAGUUGCAAGUGAAACUUGUUGGAAAGUUUAUCUUUGGUAAAAAGUUUGAGGAUAUACUGUUGGCGCGAAUGAGAGAAAGGGGUGCAAAAAGUAAAAUAAUAUUUUCGUAAAUAUUUUACUUUGCAAAAGGAUAAAUUCAUUAUUCAGAGAACAUCGAGAGAAGGAGAGUAAAACGCAUCAGGUGCAAUAUAAACUCCACACUUGCUGCAUACAGGCGCUGAAUUUUAAAAGAGGAGCUCAUAUUAGAAAUUGCUCUAUUUAACACUGCAUUUGUAGAAGGUGUUGCGCUUCAUACCUGUGCUGUGGUAUUAAAGCAUUUUUUUUCUUUUGGGAGCCUCUCUAUUAGUUCCAGGAACGUUAAAUAUUUGUGAGGAACUCUAGACAUUUUUUUUCGUCAUAUUUUUUUUUCUCGAAAAGUGUUUAGAGAGGAUAAGAGUAUAGAGGCAGAUCUGAAAAUGUUAUUUGAAAAGACCUUUGUGGCCAUUGUGCUUAUUGUGUGUUGCCUGGAGGCAUCGAGUGUAUUGGCGGGCUCAUGUCGGGAGUCCUCGCUUUGUUGCAACGGCCGCGAUUCGUCGUGUGUUGUGCAGAAAGCACCCAUAAAUGCCAUCAUCGAGGAUCUGAGCGAUAAGCCAUGCUAUUGUGACCAUGCUUGCUUGCGACUGGGUGAUUGCUGUGAGGACUUCAAACAAUACUGUGGAGUUCUGGAUUGCUUGGUCAGCGAAUGGGGUCCCUGGAGUGAGUGCGAUGCCACGUGUGGCACGGGGAUGAUGUCUCGCAACCGAACUGUGGUACGGCCGGCACAGAAUGGUGGCAAACACUGCCCGUCGUUGGUGCAGAAGCGUGGAUGCCAGGGAUUCAAGUGUCAACACCAUCAGGACCGAAGAGUAAUGCGAGAAAUGGCCCUCCUCCUGCCGGCAUCUCUGUCCAAGAGCCGCCAUGAGAAUGACACCAGCGACAUUCGGCGGAACUUGAGACUUCGCUAUCGGGACUCGUUCAAGCACAACCGCGGAAAUGAGUAUUGCGUUGAAUUCGAAGUGCUGAAAGCUUCAAAGGCCUGUCACAAGCUACCACCGUAUGAUAAACUCCUCGAGGGGGAUCGAAUUGUGGUGCGAUGUGAUCUGGAGGCACUUCAGAGGGAUACCACGGUGACAGAGUCCAGCAAUUCGGUGCUAGAUGAGGAUCAGCAGUUACCGCCGCAGGGUAAAUUCCGAUGUCGAGGUGAAGGUCUUCCGGGUCGUAAUUCACGAUGGAGUGCCCUGGCGGCACCCUCGUGCCACGGCAAAUGGCUCCGAUUGACCCUGGACCAACCGAAGAAGUGCACAGAAUCCCAAUUUAUUUUCGUAUAAUUGACCCUAAUGUUAGGUACCAGCCAUUCUAUAUAAUUUUCUUUUAAUGUGCAAAAAACUUUUUUUCUCAUGCUACUUUACAUUAGUUUUCCUUUCAAACUCAUUUUACUUCUAAUAAUGAUUUUUUGUCUGCUAAAAAAAUCACAUAAUAUUAAAUAGAAUAAAACUUAUACAGAUAGUCUUAGAAUAAUCGCAAAGAUAUAGCCCCCUGUCCCCUAAAAGAAAAGAGAGAGAGAACCUGUUGAUGGCAAUAAAAUCCAUGUCCCUAUUUUUACAUGAGGAGCUAGAGGUAUAUAUGUAGAAGAAUAUAUACGUGUCAUAACUGAUAAUUUAAGUUAUUUUAGGUAAAAAGAGAGAGAGAGCAAGUAAGAUGUAAUACUCAAUCCCAAAAGCGAAUCGGGUGAAUUUUUUAUCACCCAACAAAAUGAUAUUUCACGCAAAAUUUGUACAUAAAAAAGCAUGAA